GUUGCAGAGACGUCAGAAUCAAGGUUGAGGCAUGGUAAAGAGCAGGUCAACGUUAGGAUCGAGCGAACCAUACAGCAGCCGGCUACCACUUGCCCUCGACAACCACGUCUUCCAGCGCCAGUGAAGCUGAUGCCAUCUGGCCGCAACUCUGCCAUCCUCACUGCGCCGAGCUUCCCCAAGCGACUGGCCGGACUCACGCUGGUCUGUCUCCCAUGUCAAAAUCGCCCCCCCUCCGGAGCGCAACAUCAGCUGCUGAGAGCCGACCACCACAACUUGCACAUUUGCCGCCACCAGCACCAGCACCAGCCUUCUCGGCUGGCCAGAAUGCCUAUGGAAGACCGCCGUCCCAGACCCCGAGCAUCGAGAGCCAGCGUUCCCGGGGCUACGCGUACAACCAGGCCGACUACCAGCGAUCAGAGCACCCCGAGACCAGGGAGAUGUUCCAACAGCCGUACCGGAGUCCGGGCAGCUUCCCCCGCCCCAGCGCGCUCCCACCACAGACACUGCCCAGCAUGUCCCAGGCAUUGCCUCAGCACACGUAUCUUCCAGCGUCGACCUCCCUGCCAUCUUCAGGGCUUCCAAUGACCAACCAGCCACCGGCGACGGAGAGUUCAACGCCUGCGUCUCCGAAAUCACAGAGAAAAGCAAAGGGCCACGUUGCCUCGGCCUGUGUUCCAUGCAAACGUGCACAUUUACGGUGCGACGCGCAGAGACCUUGCUCGAGAUGCCUUAGCAACGGAAAGGAGGACGCCUGUGUCGACGUCCAGCACAAAAAGCGCGGACGACCUCGGCUACGAGACGACCGCGAGACACGUUACGAGGUAUCGAGAGGUCCGGCCUCGCAGCAUGACCCUGGCCUGGGCGGACCCACGAAUGCAUACGCGCCUGGCAGCGGUGCGGCAGGACCAGGCUACGAUAUUCCUCUCCAUCAUGCACAGCAACAACGACUAGCAAAGCCCGACCCGAGGGACUCCAUUCCUGCGCGAUACCGACCGCCGCUCUCCAUCGCCACGCAGACUGACGAGCCAGUAGCGUACCUCACACUCGGCUUGCAGUUCCUACGAGUCUCCGACCCGUUUCGAGAGGCCAUGGGCGGCCUUGGAGAUCGACGAUCUCUGCACGACGUGGUGGUGUUGGGGGACCGGGAUAGGGUGCUCUCUUUGCAGGGCGACCUCAUGGCGGAGCAGAAGCAGAUGGAGCCGAAUUAUCUCCCGCCCAUCUUGGAUCGAGGCGAUCAGGUUCUCGGGCGCCACGGGUUCAGUGCGAGAGACGUAUCGGCCUUCAACCUCAACCGGCAAGAAUAUUUUGGAUUCGUUAUUGGCGAUGGGAAAUGGCGGCAGUAUCCGGUGAGGCUGGGUCUGGGCAAGGAGGGGUCGUACUUCUUCGUCGUCAUGGCACUGGCGGUCAUGUCGAAUCCACACACGCCCUCGCCGCACGAGCGCCAGCCGGGACUCUACGGGUCGUCGAUGCCCUCGCAACCGCCGCCCGGUUCCAUGGCCCACGACCUCCACAGACACCGCUUGAGCGAAGGCUCAACACAACCACGUCCGAUCCUCAGCUCAGCACCACCGUUGCUAGGUAGUCAGAGCGAGGGCCUCAGCCCGAUCGGUUACCCCCUCUCGACGAGCCGUCCCGAGUAUACAGGGCCCCCGAGCUUCCGGGCGAGCCAAAGCGACAGCUCGUAUCAACUACCGCCUAUUCGCUCACAGCCUCCGAGGGACGAUAAGACAGGAUGGGGUCCCGGCCGGAGUGGCCGUGUUGACAUUGGGGGUCUGAUUGAGAGGCCAGAGGGGCCGGGUCGGCCAUGACAUCCUGUAUAUGUGUUGGCCAACCAUCGUCAACACCAGGCG